UUUUUUUCCUCUUUUGUAACCAACCACUAAUUAGUAACGGUCCGAAACCAACCAACGAUAUCCGGAGGAGUUAUGGCCUCGCUUCGGUUACCCACCACUCAUCCUCCUCGCCGCGCUCCCGUUCCCGCCGGCGCCAAAGGAACGCUCCGAUGCCGAAGCGCGCCGACCCGAUCACCCAACAACAACCCCGUAGAUGGAGUUAUGAGGCAUGUUGUUGGAUUUAACGAGGGACUGCUGGGGGCGAUCAAGAGGAGGGAGGCUCUGCUUCAGACCUUCCUCUCUGCUGUUUCUUUCCCGCUUAUCAUACCUACAAAUGAUGCCUCAGCAGAGACUGAUCUGCAGGAGAAUUUUCGGAUGUACGAAGAUGAAAUGAAUAAGUUUCGGAUAUUAGUCCCGCAAGAUUGGUUAGCCGGCGCUGGAGAAGCCAGUGGGAUAAAGUCGGUAACAGCAUUCUACCCUGAAGAGGCUUCCGAUUCUAAUGUCAGCAUUGUGAUCACGGGAAUUGGCCCAGAUUUUACCAGAUUAGAAUCAUUUGGUUCUGUCGAUGCUUUUGCAGAAAGUUUGGUGAAUGGGUUAGACAGGAGCUGGCAAAGACCACCGGGGCUUGCAGCAAAACUCGUAGACUCUAAAGCAGCAAAUGGGUUGUAUUAUCUAGAGUAUACAUUGCAAAAUCCUGGUGAAAAGCGCAGGCACAUACUCUCGGCUGUUGGAAUGGCAUCCAAUGGCUGGUACAAUCGACUCUAUACCGUCACAGGCCAGUACAUGGAGGAUGAGUCGGAAAAAUACCGUCCCAAAAUAGAGAAAGUGGUCUCAUCAUUCAGGUUGGUAGAAGGAAACAAUUAGAAAUUGCGGCAGUACUACCAUUUUUUUUCUUUUCCGGUACUGGGCGGAGGAGUCGGUCGCUUGGUGAUUCUUUUUGGCUUUGUUGGAAUCUGCAUGCAGCACCUAAGGAAGUAAUCUGUUAGUUAUGCUUUUUGUUUCGUGAUUUGGAAUCUGCAUGCAACACCUAAGGAAGUAAUCUGUUAGUUAUGCUUUUUGUUUCAUGAUUUUGAAGCCUCUACAAUACCAGGCCUAUUGCCUCUGACGCGUUGAGUGUUAUCAUGUGGUAUAUAUUAAAUUCGAAGCUAUAGUGUAAUUCCUACACCGAAUACGUUGGACAUGAGCUGCGAUUUUUCUUCUUUGUUUGUUCUCCUA